UCUCUACGUUUGGGGCAAAUUUGGGUGGUUUUGGGUGCUGGGGGUCCCUCGGAAGAUUUUGGGGUUCUCCAAGGGGGGGUCCCCCCUUUCUGUCCCCCCCCGUCCCCCUCCAAACACACCCCGGGGUUUUUCCUCCGCCCCGAGAGGACAAAGUUCGGCCCCGCCCGGAACGAGGAACCCGUGGCAGGAUGGGGGGGUCGUUGCAGGGGUGGGUUCGGGCGCUCAGUGUCCUGCAGUUGAUGUUGACCUUCCUCUUCCUCGGCCCGGCGUCGGUGCUGCUGCUGCUGUGGCUGCUCCGGACGCGCUUUUGGCUCCUCCCGGUCACCUACGCGGGGUGGUGGCUCUGGGACUGGGACGGCCCCGAGAGGGGGCCCCGGCACUGGGAUUGGGUUCGGAACUGGCGGAUUUGGGACCAUUUCUGUGACUAUUUCCCGUCCCAGGUGGUGCGCGAGGCCGCGCUGCCCCCCGGCCGCAGUUACGUGCUGGCCGCCCACCCCCACGACGCCUGCAUCGGGGUCUUCGGCGCCUUCGUCACGGGGGCCGGGAGCCACGGCGCCCCCGGGCCCAAUGGGGGGGGGCCCUGCCCGGGGCUGCAGCCCUGCCUGGCGGCCCUGGCGGGGCUGUUCCGGCUGCCCCUGUACCGGGAGUACGCCCUGGCUGCUGGGCUGUGCCCGGUGAGCCGGCGCUGCCUGGACGCGGUGCUGGCGCGGGGGUCGCAGGCGCUGCUGAUCAGUGGGGGCGCGGCCGAGGCGCUCGAGGGGACCCCGGGCUGUCACCGCGUCACCCUCCGGCACCGCCGCGGCUCCGUGCGCCUGGCCCUGCGCCACGGCUCCCCCCUGGUGCCCGUGUACGUUUUUGGGGAGCAGGACACGUUCCGGCAGCCCCCCCUCUCCGAGGGCUCGUGGCUGCGGCGGCUCCAGCGGGGGCUGAAGAGGAUUUUGGGGUUCGCCCCCUGCAUCUUUUGGGGCCGGGGGGGGCUCCCCUUCCUGCCCUUCGCGGUGCCCCUCACCGUGGUGGGUCGCCCACUACCACGAGCUCUACGUGGAGCGGCUCCAGCGGCUCUUCGAGAGGCACAAGGAGGCCUGUGGGGUCCCCCGACACCCACCUGACCAUCGUCUG